ACUCAGUUCAGUCUUUCAUUGGUGCUCACCGGCUGCGCGUGCUAAGCUCCGAGUUGCUAGGUCCAGAACCAUACUUUUUAGAUACUGUAUCCAAACUCCGGGCAAUCCGCUGCCGCUUUAUAAACAAACAGUUAAACAAACCGACCGCUCGAACGUCGCCGUGUGUGUGUGUGCCUGUGUGCUUUUCGCCCUCAUUGUGCUCUCGUGCAAAUGAAAAUUUCAUUGAGCAGAAAGUCGCAGCAGCAGAAGCAGCAGCAGCAGCAGUAGAAAAGUGGAAAAUCCUAAAGCGGCGCCAGCCUCAGCAAAAAAAGAAAAUAAAUUAAAAAUCUCGGCUAGUGAAAUUUCAGUCCAGAACUAGACGCCGCAAUUAAGCCAAAUACAGACCGAACCACGACGAGUCAAUCGCUGGAAAACUGCCAAAAGGUGCUCAGAAGCGUGUCAAAGCUGCAGUUGAACGGUCAGCUAUAAAGAUACGGAUACAGAUGCAGAUACGGAUACAGUUAGUGAUAUCUAGAUAGGCAAAUGUAUCUUUCAACUCAUUACGCACGCUUUUUGCCGGCGUAUCCGUAGUGGGUCUUUAGUUCCAUUGUCUGGCGCGACUCGCGACUCGAGACUGGGUAGAAAAUCGAUUUUGAGAUACUAGCCCAGCUGCUUGUUUGUUUAUUUACCAACGAGCUCAGCUGGCAGAUUGCAGAUUAGCGCUUUGUCUGCCGCGAAGGUCGCCCCAAGAAGUUUCCCCAUCGCGCCUAUAGAUCACCAGAUGAACUUGAACCCCAGCAAAUGCUGCGUUAUAACUCAUAGACGAAAGCAAACAUCAAAUCACCGGGCAUUUGCAAACAUCCUGGGCCGUCUAAGAAUAGCCCAAAGAAUAACAAAGAACAUUUCAAAUUCAACGGAAAAAAUAUACACAAACAUAAAUGUAUCUCGCAGAGCAAACGUAACGUCUCAAAUGUUUCGUUCUGCCGAUUUCGUCAAAAAGAUUAAUAAGCAAUUUAUGGUCGUUUUGCCGUUUGCUUUGUUUUCCUACGUGUUGGGAAUAAUGCUAUCUGGAGAUACACCGAAUUAUAUCUUGCAACGGAAAUGUUUCAAAAGCUCGUUGGAAAUUGAAAUCUAACGGCAGCAGCCACGCCAAUCGAUUGCAGGCGUUCCGCAAAUUGAAGUUCAACCGGCGCAGCUUGUACCGCUAAAUCGAUCGACAAAGAUGCAGUGCGGUCUGGAGCAGAUGAACGACUGUGAGCGGUCGCCGAACCGGACGAACCUCCGGGUCAACUUCAACGAGAAGGGGGCGGAGGUGAAGGAGCGGCGGGAGAAGUUCCUCACGGCCAAGUACGGUUCACACCAGAUGAGCCUCAUCCGCAAGCGGCUGGCCGUGGAGAUGUGGCUCUACGACGAGCUACAGAAGCUCUUCGAUCCACCAAACGAGGCCAUCGAUGUGGACAUCGACGAGAUACUGGACAUGGACACAGAUGACAUAAGAAGAUCUCAUCUUAUAAGAUUACUGUCCGUCUGCAAACGCCCGCAAUCAGACAUAUCGAAGUUCAUUGGCGAUCUGCUGGAUCGCGCAAAAACCCUGUAAAUCGCCGAUGCCUCAUUUGAAAAAUCAUCCAGCAGACCUACACAUACAUACAUAUAUACUAUGCAGAUAAAGAAAAAGAAUUAACAAAACCUAGAUGAUUAAGUUUAGCUUGGAACGCAAAGAACAAAGAAUUCUUGAGAUCUACCUAUUCGAACACUGUGUUGAUUUUCUCUAUGUACUUUAGUUGUUAGUUUGUAUCUUUGCGCUGAUUAAUUUGAAGUCUAACCUAAUUUAAGCUACCCAAGAAAAUGAUAAACAUGAUGAAGAUCGUUAGCCGUAAGCUUAUGGUGUAAUGCCGCCGAAAACAUAAUACUUCAUCAAUUUUGUGAUGAUAUUUUUUUAAUAAAACACAAACAUGAUAUGAUAUGCCCCGAAAAAGCAAAAGCAAAUGUUCAGCUACAACUGAAUUGAAAACCAUGGCAAAAGGAUAAGCCUGUGUAGUUAAUGAAAUACGAUUAGAUCCAAUCUUGAGUGGAUUCCAAUUUCAAUCCACUCGAACCACUCCGGUUGUUUUGCAAAACUAGUUUAUUUGCAUGUGUGUGCUUCAUUUAGCCCCCUAUCUAUAUAGACCCAUGAAUAUCAUAACUAUGAGUAUCUUAAUAAACAUUUUUGUAUGUAAAGUGUGCGAUCACCAAGUCAAAGAUGAAAGCUCAGGUUCACUGCCAAAACGUGGAGGAGGAAGGUCUUGUAUGCGCAGUCAACAAGUACAAACGGAUAUGGAAUACAGAAGCACAGUACGGCCUGGCAAAACGGAAUUUUAACCACACAUCAAAAAACUUUGUUCUCGAAUUAAAAGGAACAUUAUUCACAACCUAUAAGAAACAGCUGCAUUUUAGAAAACCCAGACUACACGAAAUAGUUGUAAAUAAAAUAAUUAACGAAUCCCAUACAGCUCGAUUCUCAAAAAUUUGUAAAUACCCACGAAAAGCAUCAACACUUCUUCACUCCACGGAAUCUACACCUCUUUGUAGUAGUGUCUAAACAAUUUGUAGCAAUCGAAACAUAACGUAAAAGUAUUUUAAUUGUGCUCAACAAAGGCGGAGGAGAAAAGAUACGCUAUUAUGAUUCAGCUUUAGCACACCUAGACUAUCGAACCCUAUUUCUCUCUACCAGAUCGUAAACGUAUUAGUAUCUUCUUAAAAAUUGCUAUUUGCAUACUAGUAUCAACAAAUUAAUCACCGCAUUAUUCCAUUGCAACAUUAAGAGAACGCAUAAAACGAUUAUUUAAGCGAGUUUAGCAUUAAAGCAUUCACACCUAAUCAUGCACAUAACUCUCAUUUAAAAGCAAAUCGAAAAGCACACACAAAAACGUACGCUAAAAUAGUGCGGAGAGCUGUAAUGAAGGGCUAGCGGAAAAUAUUUAUAAAACGCAAAAGAAAAGUUUACAAUAAAGAUUUAAUUGCUUUAGACAAC